AAUGAGGAGGAUUUUGAUAGCAUGGAUGACAAAAAUCUAAAUGACAUUUACGAAAAAGGCAUCAAUAGUGCAACAAUUGCAAGUAAAUUGUAUAUACUAGGUCUGUUUGGCGUUAUUUUUCAAUAUGUUACAAAUCCGCUCAUACAUGGCCCUAGUCAGCAGGUGUUGGGAAAUAAAACUAUAAUAGUUAAACCAUUACCUUUGUCUUUAUGGUCUCCAUUUGAUGAUCAGAAAUACUAUAUUAUAGCAUAUUUAAGACAUAUGAUAGACGGAACAAUCGCAAUCUCAUUUCUGGGUUACACUGAUAUUUUAAUUUUUACAUUAAUCGCCUAUCCUGUGGGCCAGCUGAAGAUUUUAAAUUAUCUUUUAAAACAUUUUGAGACUUACAAACAAAAAUACAAAAAACUACACAAUAUGGCUGACGAAAAUAAAGCCGCUUACUUUCUAUGCCUUGAUAAUAUCGUAAAACACAAAAAUAUAAUCAUGUAUGUUAAACAUUUCAAUGAAACUAUGAGUGGUUUGAUGGUUCUUGAAUUUUUUCAUUUCUCUCUAGAAAUAGCUGCAAUGUGUAUUCAAACAGUAGCGAAUGAUUUUUCUCCUGCGAUAAUGUUGUUCGUGGCAGAUGGCUUCAUAAGUUUGAUUGUCAGGUUAUUUUUAUAUUAUUACUAUGCAAACGAAGUUAUCGUCUUGAGUCAAGAAUUGGCAAUUUCUAUUUAUAAAAGCAACUGGUACGAUCAGUCACCUAAAGUGAAAUUUAUGAUGCAAAUAUUCAUAGCCAGGGCACAAAUACCUCUUUCGUACACUAUUGGACCAUUUAGUGAUAUGUCGCUGGAUUCUAUGAUUGCAAUUCUCAAGGCUACCUAUACUUACAUAAUGUUAAUGUACAACACUAGAUAAUCAGAUUAAUAAGUUUCAAAAAAAAAGUAGCACGAGCAAAAAAGCUUAAUAUGAUAAGCUUUGUAACACAAGUAUUUUAAUACAGCAGAAGUAGUAUAUUAUAGAAUAGAGUGAUAAUAAAAUCAAAGAAUCGAUUUCUAUUGUUUCUGUGUGUGUGCCACCUUUCGCAAACUUGAUGGAGAGGAGGUUGCCUGUAAUGUAUAUUCUGCCUUGUUAAGUCACACCUCAGCUCACCCAUUCUGGGGAACACUCUGUUUUUUCUAUGAUUUUUAGAAAAGUUGCAUCUUUUCAUUUCUCCAACUUUGAAAAUAUUAACCCUUUUUCUUUUACUUUUAUGAAAUUGAAAUGUAGAAAAUACAUGCUUACGAUAGUUUAUGAUCAAUACAUUCCCUAUCUAAAAAGGCAACUUCUUGCCUCAUUAUUUUUCGCUAUAUUAUAUUUGUUGCAGAUUGAUUUUUGGGACUCCUACCAUGAAAUAAUAACAUUGCCAUGCUUCAAUUUUUCAGUCAAAAAAAAAAUCACUUUUUAUAGAAACUAUAACAAAUAAAAUAGACAUGCAAUACUUGUAUAUUAUACAACAUAAGCUGCUGAUUUCAUUUCAAUUGUAGCUCGGCAAACAGGACAACUACUGGUUAUAUCGUCGGCACAAUCUUCACAUAAACAUACGUGACCACAAGGUAAUAGAAUUA